GAUCUCCUGACAUGAUUUUUCAACUUAAAUAUGUUAUAUAUUGUUUGUAAUUAUGUUCUAUGUUGUUCGUUUUUUGAAAGCGAACGGUAAAUUCCCAAAAAUUACAUUUAUAGUUCAUGGCGGCAGUAAUGAUGAACUUUUCCGGAAGUAACACCUCUCAGCUACAAAAGCAUAGCGGUGUACGAGCCAGAGGAUGUUUACAGCGAUUACAGUGGAGAUUUCAGCGGUGUGCCAAUGGUUUUCAAGGAAAAAAGAAGGGAGAAACAUUUGGAGAUGAAAUAGAGAACUUGCAGAACAAGGACUUAAGCCUUAAGUACGGAUGUCCGAUAUUGGAUUUUUUGUGGAUAAACGAUAUUGUCCAACUCUCAAUUUCCAACUCUGAUAACGAUGGAUACCGAUACCGAUAUGUGUAACAUCACAUAUCUUUUUCUUGAGUAAAAUUGUUGUAAAGUAACAACACUCCUAAAAUGAGUACAGUUGUUUUGUUGGCUACUCCACUCAUCUCUGAGUAGAUAAUUCAUGUAUUACAUAUUUUAUAUAAGAAUACAUUUGUUUCUUGUGCCUUGAUUUAUGUUAUUUUUGGAAAGAUUAAAUUAAUUUUUAGUUUAAGGGGUGUUGUUUAAAAUACAUGAAUUUGCUGAUUAUUAUUUUGAUUGAAAACUUUCAUGUUCUUAUUUUAUAUUGUUAUUUUAUUGCAUUUAUUGCAUUAAAACUACUCAUUGAAACCACAAUAUAUAUAUGUGUAUAUAUAUAUAUAUAUAUAUAUAUGUACAGCUGCAUAAACAAGGCGUCUCGCAGUGUGCCAUUGCUGCUGAGGUUGGAAGCAGUAAGACCGUUAUUCUAAAUUUUUUGAAAGAUUCUGAGCAUUAUGGAACAAAAACGUCAAGUGGUAGACCGAAAAAAAUCACCCCUGUGCUGAGUCGGAGCAUCCGAUUGGCUGUCCAUCAAGACACAGUGCGGUCUUCAACCCAAAUUAAGGCCCUUACUGGUGCCGACUGCAGCGUAAUAACCAUCAGACUGCAUCUGCGGGAAAAGGGUUUAAAAAACAAAAAACUAAUUCAAAUUCUCCUUCAACGCCACAAAACUGCCCGUUUAGACUUUGCCAGGGAGCAUCAAACAUGGGACAUUGAAAGGUGGAAAAAGUUUUAUUCUCUGAUGAGAAAAAAUGUAACCUGAAUGGUCCAGAUGGCUUCCAACGUUACUGGCAUGACAAGGAGAUCCCACCUGAGAUGUUUUCUACCCGGCACAGUGGAGGGGGGGGUCCAUCAUGGUCUGUGGUGCUUUUUCAUUCAGUGGAACACUGGUGCUUCAUGUGGUGCAGGGUCGUCAAAUGGCUUGCUUACGUGCAGAUGUUGCAGCGGGCAUCCCUCAUGACUGAGGGCCCUCGUCUGUGUGGUAACAGCUGGCUUUUUCAACAGGACAACGCUGCAGUUCACAAUGCUUGCUUGACCAAGGACUUCUUCAGGGGGAAUAACAUCACUCUUUUGGACCAUCCUGCGUGUUCCCCUCAUUUAAAUCCCAUAGAGAACAUCCAGUGUGGGGGACACGGCCUCCAGUGCUCCUAUGACCACGGGCACCACUGUUGCGUUCACCUUCCAGGCUCUCUCCAGGUCUUCCUUGAGCCCCUGGUAUUUCUCGUGUUCCUUUUUCCUGAUAUUGCCAUCAUUGGAGAUGGCUACAUCGAUCACAAUGGCUGUCCACUGCUGCUUAUCCAUGAUCAUGAUGUCCGGUUGGUUGGCCACAACCAUCUUAUCGGUCUGUAUUCGGAAGUCCCACUGGAUCUUAGCCCUCUCAUUUUCCACCACCUUGGGAGGUGUUUCCCAUUGCGAUCUCCAGUCCAUAUUCUGCACAGAUGUUUCUGUACACUAUACCUUGGUUAUGGUUAUAGCGUAACCAUACUCUUGGUUAUGGCGUUCCAUGUAUUCUUUUCCUGCCAGUAUCUUACACCCUGCUAUUAGGUGCUGGACUGUUUCAGGGGCCUCUUUGCACAGCCUACACAUGGGAUCCUGCCUGGUGUGGUAGAUCUGGGCCUCUAUUGCUCUGGUGCUCAAGGCCUGCUCCUGUGCUGCCAUGAUUCGCGCCUCUGUGCUGUCCUUCAGUCGAGCCCUCUCUAGCCAUUGUUUCCACUGCCUGAGACGUUCACUAAGUGCUUCAUCUCUUGGGGCCAUCUUCCUGAUGUAUUCGUGGAGCUUGGAUGUUUCGUCUUGGAUAGCAGUCCUGAUGCUCAGUAAUCCUCGGCCUCCCUCUUUGCGCUUAGCGUAUAACCUCUCGAUACUGGAUUUGGGGUGGAACCCUCCGUGCAUGUUGCUUCUGUCCCCAGGACGUGGUAGAAGAGGCUGUGUUACUGCUUCUCAUUACCGAGUCCAUGGCCAGUGGUGAUGCAGUCAUCAGCCGGCAGCCAGACCAGGCUGAGGCGCGCCAGACCACUAUGCAGGAUUCGGUCUCAGUCUACGACUUGCUCACUAUCGGCAUGGCCAGGAGGGGGCAGUACACCAUGUUGUCUGAGUGUCUGGAACGGGCAAUGAGGUUUUCAUUCAACGAGUUCCACCUCUGGCACCAGCUGGGCUUGUCACUCAUGGCGUCUGGGAAGGCUGUCGGUGCUGUUUCUGUUUUUAAGGAAUGUGCCAGGAUGAGACCAGAGGACCCUUCAUUGCCCCUGUUGGCUGCCAAAGUUUGCAUUGGUCAUCUGCAUUGGUUCUCAGAAGCAGAGGCUUUGUCCCAAAGUGUUGUGUCGAUGGGAGAAGGAGCUGGAGAAUUUCUUCCCCGGGCCUACCUAGCUUUGGGACUCUCCUACAGUCUGCAGGCUUCUGAUGCCUCUCUGAAAGAAGAUCGGAAUGAGUACAACAAAAAAGCACUUCGGAUUCUGAGAAAGGCUCAUUCCUUGGAUCCACUGGAUUCUCACAUUGCCAUGUGCCUGGCUCUUCAGUUGGCACUUGUUCGCCAGGUAUCGGCAGCGAUGGAGCCCUUGCAGGAGGCAUUAUCUCUCCAAGAGGAUGACUUACACUCCCUCCACCUGCUGACUCUUCUCCUCAGUGCUCAGAAACACCACCGCCAUGCCUUGGACACCUUGGGACUGGCCCUCAGCCAACACCCUGACAACUUCAAUUUGCUGUUCACAAAGGUGAAGCUUGAAGAGGUUCUGUUCGGUCCUGGUGUGGCCUUACAUACCUGUGAAGAAAUGCUGCAAUGCUGGCAAAGCUGCUACGAUGUCAGUCACUCAACUGAGACAGAUGACACGAGUAGUGUACCAGCAGUUGAGAGGCAUGGUGCCAGCCCUGGAGUCAGUAAAACAUCCAUACACCUCACUCUGCCUGACUUCCAAGACACUUCCACUGGUUCAAAGAGUCCAUCAUCGGUUGCAGCAUCUCGUCUGGAUGCAGCACUCUCAGAAGUGUCGGACAUUAGCUCCAUGCAUCGCCAAGGACCUACGUACAUCUGGACUACCCUAGAACGUAUCUGGCUGCAAGCUGGAGAGCUGUUCAUGGAGGAUGGCCGACUGAAGGAAGCCCAGUUUUGCAUAGCCGAGGCCAGCUCUCUCUAUCCCAACUCACACUCCGUGUUGCUACAGAGGGGCCGCCUAGCCGAGCUCCAGGGUCACAUGGAUGAAGCUAAAAUUCUCUAUGAUGAAGCCCUGGCCAUCCACCCUACUGGGGAGCGCAUACUGGUGCACAUGGGUCGACUGCUGGUGAAAAGCGGGCGCGUGCACCUCGGGGAGAAAGUCCUGCGCGAUGCAGUUCAGGUCCACAGCACGUCACACGAAGCGUGGAGUGGACUAGGUGAGGCACUGCAGUCUCAAGGGUCCGGUCAGGCCCCCGACUGCUUCCUGACAGCUCUGGAGCUGGAAGCGUCCUGCCCCAUUCGACCUUUCACCAUCAUCCCCAGGGAGCUAUGAGAGGUCUGGACUCAAAGUGUAGCUUUGGCUCAACCACCUUGAUGGAGAAGAGAUUAUUCACUGUUUGAAACCAUACGGUACAUGUCGUUAUGUAUUUGAGCAUCUCGGAUUAAUUUCUCGGACUAGUUGCUAUUUUACUGAGUUUUAUGUAACACUUUUAUUCCGUUAGAGUCAUUUCAGAUGUUGUAAGACCAAAACAUUGACACUUUGUUUGUAGAAUAAGGCUGUUAUAACCUUUAUGUGGCUUUAGAGAUGUUCAUGAGGUUUAGUGUUGACAAAAAAGUGUACAGUUGGACCCUCAGAAGUUGAACACAAUCUCUUUGAAGGGGUUGUUGGGUUGCCAGUUUGUUUGAAAUAGAAGUGUGCCUUUCUAGGGACGGAAUGUUGAAAAAGUCUUAAGGGAAGAAAAGCCAAAGAAAACACAUCCAACAGACUGGGAUGUGAGGGAAGUGUUUGACCAACAAGCCCUGAUGCUCCAUUGUACUCUCUCUUUAUACGUUGCAUUCCUAUUGGAAUUGGACAACUAUUAUAUUUUUGCAAGAAAAAGAGGAUUUUUAUUUAUUUCCUGAAACUGCCAGGAAAGUAUCCACAGUUUAUUAGUAGUAGGUAUACUUUUAUUAGUAGAAAUGUGUGUGUAAGGGUGGUGAUAGAAAUGCUGAUGCCCUUGAGCAACCACCUGACAUUUCCUUUUUGUGUGCAUCACUGUUUCUUUGCAAAAAUGUCUCCCACAUAUUACAAACAUACCUGUUUUUACUCUGGCUGAGUUCUAUCUAGUCAAUGAUCUAGUCAACCAUGCUGGUUUGUAUUCCCUUUACCCCUUUAGAGGUUUUAUUGCUUUUAACAUAGUUUUCAUGGGUUGGUUUGUCUGAAGAGUAAAGCUCAGUUUCUGAACCAAAGCUUUGUGCGUUCCUCAGAGAUGGGAGAAAAACAAAUGUGCAGAUUUAAAAAAAAAAAAAAAAAAAAAAAGGAUUCACGGCAGAGACCAAGGUUUCUUUGAAGAAGUCACUGGCCAAUAAGACGCUCUCCUGAUGCAAUGACGUCACAAUAUUUACAACAUCAGUACACCACAUCGGCACCAAAGACAAUUCUACAGCUUUUUGGGACGUGCUUGCUUGUAGUGACGCACUUACCUUGAGUUACAACCUGUUGUGUUUUUCCAAAGAGAAAAAAAAGCGUCUUAUUUGAGGGGAGACAUUUAUUAGUUUAAGUGACACACCCAACUUCUAUAAGAGGUCACUAAUUGAAGUUGUAAGGCGAUACGACAAUACCGUUUGAAAUCAUCCCUACUCAGCAGGGGUGUCCAAAGUGUGGCCUGAACUAUUUUUUUUUUUUUUUGUUGGCCCUCUGCACGUUCUAAAAAUGCAAUUAAACAAGAAAACAAAAAAGAAAUAACAGUAAAAAUGGAAAAAUGAUCACUAAUUUCAUUUUACAAGAAUAAAGAGGAAAACGCUCGCAUCUUCAUCCGCGGCGGAGCUCCGCGGCCAUCUUGUUUACAUGUGGUCCACAGCGGAAGAACAUGUGAGCGUCUUCACACACACAUACAAAUGGGGAGGCGCAGGCACACGGCGGGAGACAAAUAUAACGCAGAGCGAUUUGUGAGGUCUGUUUUUUUUUGAGGAGGCAUUUUUUGGAUGCAAAUGUGUCACUUUUUUGAACACGUAUUGUUUUUAGAAGCCAAACUCCUUACUUCAAUGACCCAGCAACUAAACAGAACUAUGUUCCUUGUCACAGAAAUCCUACCAGAACUGGACUCGCAG